AUGGCCACUCGACCUUUGGUCCGGCUUUACAUCAACGGCGCUCAUCGCGCUUCUAGCACGGGCUCCACAUUCGUCGUCCGAAACGCGUUCUCGGGCAAGCCGGUCACGACCUCUGCUGCUGCUUCUUCUGCGGACUGCCAGGAUGCAAUUACUUCUGCGCAACGCGCUUUCCCAGCUUGGGAAGCGCUCUCACCUUGGGCGCGCCAGACUCUAUUCUGUAAAGCCGCGGAAAUAAUGGACUCGGAGUCGUGGAAGAAGCAAGUCCGGGAGGCGAUGGUGGAGGAGACGUCUUCGACAGCUUCGUGGUUGGGAUAUCACACAAACGUGCCGGCUAUGAUGCGCGCGUAUGCCGGAAUGGCUAACGAGCUGAAGGGCCAGACCUUCCCCAGCUGUGUGCCUGGCGGUGGGCAAGUCAUCGUACAAAGACGCGCUCAGGGUGUGGUGUACUCCGUGAUACCCUGGAACGGCCCGGUGUCCCUGACCCUGCGGGGCGUCGCAAUCCCUGCGAUCCUAGGGAACUCCAUUGUUAUGAGGCCCUCUGAGUUCUCGCCCCGCGUCCACGCACUGAUCAUCGACGCUUUCAAUGAGGCCGGUAUCCCUCCUGGCGUAAUCAACUUCGUACCAAUGAGCCCACAAGACACCCCGACAUUGACGCAAGAGAUCAUCGCUCACCCCGCUAUUCGCAACGUCUCGUUCACAGGUAGUGACCGUAUUGGGCGAGUGAUAGCAACAGAGUGCGCGAAGCAUCUCAAGCCUUGCGUGCUUGAGCUUGGUGGAAAGAACCCGGCCUUGGUUUUGGCAGAUGCGGACUUCGAUGACUGCGCGCGGGGCCUGCUCGCAGGGGCUCUUAUGAACUCCGGCCAAGUCUGUAUGUCAACAGAGAGGGUCAUCGUCCAACGUUCAGCAGUAGAGCCUCUCCUACAAGCACUCAAGAAACAUAUGGCAUCACUCUCCGCCGGAGACCCUACGACUUCGCCGAUGUCCUCACUGUUCACCGAGACCAGCGCGGAAGGCAUACUGAGUCUUCUUCGCGAUGCAAAGGAGAACGGCGCCGAGAUCAUUGCUGGCGAUUUGCAACGCGAGGGUGCGCUGCUCAAGCCGCAUAUAGUUCUCGGCGUCAAGCGAGGCAUGCGGCUAUGGGAGCAGGAGAGCUUUGGCCCUAUCUUGUCUAUUACCGUCGCUGAUUCAGUGGACCAUGCGAUAGAGCUAGCGAACGACACAGAGUACUCCCUCACGUCGGCCGUAUGGACAAAGUCUCUGGAUGCCCUGGACAUUGCCGCGCGCAUUCGCGCAGGAUCCGUGAACAUCAACGGCAUGACCAUCAACAACGAGUGGGGCAAUGGUAUUGCUGGUCUCGGCGGCCGCAGUGGCUACGGCAAGUUCGAUAUUCAUCAUUUCACCGACGAGCGCGUCAUCACAGUACACAACCCGGGACGCCAAUACCCGGGCUUCCUCCCACCUUCCCAACCCUGA